GCAUUGCUGUGUCAUCAGUGAUAAGGGGCCCCGCCUGGGAUCGGUGUACAUUGCACACUCCACUAUACACAGGAGAACAUGGAGGUGUCCAGGGAACCGUGCGUACAUGAGAGCAUAAUAACCAUGCUGGGCUGGCUGCUGGUCGGGCUCCUCAUACUGAAGCUGGUGCUGAGGAUCCUGCGGGGGCUGAGGAUCUAUGUGCUGUCCGGAUGGUGGAGGGGCGAUCUCACCCGCUAUGGGCGCUGGGCAGUGGUAACGGGGGCUACAGAUGGCAUAGGGAAGGCAUAUGCACAAGAGCUUGCAAAAAGAGGUCUGGAUGUCGUGCUAAUAAGCCGUACUUUGGAGAAGCUUAAGAAGGUGGCUGCAGAGAUAGAACAAGAAUUUGGACGCAAGACUCGGGUAAUCCAAGCAGAUUUUACGAACGGAUCACAUAUCUACCAGACAAUUAAAGAAGAACUGGAAGGACUGGAGAUUGGAAUUCUGGUAAACAAUGUAGGUAUGAACAUAUCAAGGAACCCAUGCAGAUUUAUGGAUAUCCCUGAUAUAGAUCAGAUGUUGGACAAAGCAAUCAACUGCAAUAUUAUGUCAGUAUUAUGGAUGUCUCGGAUUAUUCUCCCUCAAAUGUUGCAGAGGAAGAAAGGCCUGAUUAUAAAUCUUUCUUCUGAAGUUGGAAACCGCCCAUAUCCAAUGUCACUUGUAUAUAAUGCCACAAAAGUCUUUGUGGAUUUCUUUUCUCGCGGUCUACAUGUGGAAUACAAGUCUAAGGGUAUAACAGUGCAGAGUGUGAUGCCAUUGUUGGUCUCAACGGACAUGACAUUUAAGAUGAAGACAAACAUAUUUGUGAAAUCUCCGGCAGACUUUGCUUGUGAAGCUUUGAACACUGUGGGAUACACAAACAGGACUAGCGGAUGCCUUUCACACUCUCUCCAGAGUUAUGCUUUGGAUUUCAUUCCAGACAGUAUUUUUUAUUCUGUGCUAUUUUCGGAUGCAGUUGGAGACCAAUUCAAACAUGUAAAGGAAGACUAUGCCAAAAACAAGAAAGCAAGCUGAGCGUACUAUUGGUUGCAUGUUUUUCUUUAUUGCAUUGAAUUAUUUGAUCAAAUAUUGAUAUUCAAAUAUUAAUGAUAAUAAAAAAAGGAACUUGGUUUUGG